UCUAAAACAUGUAGCCAGUUUUUUAGUCCGCUUUACUUGCUUUGUAGAAAUGGACUUACCAGCGACAUAUUACGGCCAGCUCGACGGGAAAAAUCCUGUUCUUGUAGGCUUUAGACGAGAAAUUGAAUCAUUUUUGACGCUCAUGAAACAAAUGGACUCCAGCCGCGACCAUAGCGUGUGUGUUAAAGGGCUAAAAAUGCUCUUGGAUAUACAGAAAAAGUACAAACACCGACUACCAGACGAGUUUUACCAGGAGCAGAUGUUGCAAGUUGCAGAUAUUCUUUGUGGGCUCAAGCUCUACCAGCUGGCUCUGUGGCAGGGCUACAGUCUGUACCUGCUGCAGUUUAGUUCGGUGCAAAUAACUGACAUUACAGAUGUGGACCACUUCAAUGCCUGCUACUUCCCAGAAGGAUUUGGUCUGGAGCAACGCACAUUUACUAUGAAGACCCAUGCAAUGAUUGGUUGCACCAAGUGUAUCUUUGAGGAAGAGAAAAAGUGCAGCACCCUCAGCCAGAAGGGACUCUGUAAACUACUGAAAUUGCUGAACUUCAUUAGGAUCCUGAUGCAGGCAUUUCAGCAGCAUGAACACCUCUUCUGGCAGAUCUAUAAUGGUUCAUUGUUUAUCUACAACAUCUGCCGUUACUUGAUGACUAUGAAUUACAGUGAGCAGGCACUGGAGUACCUUCUGUGGGCGAGUAUCAGUUUGGAGCUGUCCGUCCCUUUGAUGACAGCCAGAUAUCUGCCACUGAUUACAGCGCUCUACUGUUCUGUCUGCCAGUGUUACUAUGACAACCAGGCUAAAGAGCAGGCAGAGGAAUUUGCUAACAGAGCCCUUGGAAAAAUAAAUGAGCUGGCUAAGCUGGAAACACCGACUGACGCCACCAACAAAGAAGCUCAGAAAGCUUACAGAGAAGCUUCUGUGAAGCUUGGUGCUUUGGUGUUCAAGCGGGCGGUCUUUAACAGCAGAGGAGAACCUAAAGUCGCACUAAGAGGCAAAACCAUACGCUCCCUUAAAGACAUCCCCAAUGCCCCGUGGCCUCGUACCCUAACAGAGACGAUGCUGAUUAGCCAGUUUGACUGCACUGCAGGACAAUUUUUGGCCAUUUUGGAGGCACUUUGGGACAGCAGCACACGUCCGCUGCACAUAAUGGUGCCAGAUAAUGCAGAAACACAAACUGUGGUCCUUGGGCUCCUGUCUGCAGGCAUGAGCAUCUUAUCUGGAGUCAAAAGUACCGGUAAACAAUCUGAUGAUAAACAAUGCCUAUCUCCUAACAUACUGACAUCCGCUUCCACUCUAAUCGAUUUGGCAAUUAAAGGUGAGAACCAAGUAUCGGUUAUGUCUGCAGUGAGAUUCAUCAAACUGUUGUUUAAUUACAAUCAGCCAGAAGCAUUCUCAGAACUCACCAAGGCGAUGCUACACCAUUUGUCUGGUUUGGAGGGUCAGCCUUUCAGAAAGGCAGAAGUUGAUCUCAACUUACUGCACUGUUUCAAAAACCUGCUGUUUUCUCAAGGAGACAGUCCUAAAGAGGACAAAAAAGAUGACACAAGAGGAUCCUUUUCCUACAUGAGCAAUGAGUUUCUUGACUUGGUUGACACUUUGCGUUUGUCCACUUGUGGCUCUGACUCUGAACUGUGGCCAGACCCAGACCUCAGUUUUGAUGCUUUGGUAUUUCUGUGGAGCAAACUAAGAAUGAUGAUGCAAAUUCAUCACCUGGAAGCUCCAGAAUCUCAGCAUGAUCGCCAGAAAAUCGAUUCUUAUGGCAAGUGUCUGUGGUGUCUGUCGGUGCUGAGUGAGGUAGCCCUUACUUGUGAGCUGGCAAAUGUCGACUGCAUAAUGACGGCAGAGAUGCACCUGAUGUUGGGUAAACAGCUUGAGAAAGCAGCCAACCGUAUUAAUCAAACUGAGGAGUCAGCUGUUGGUGGAUAUGUUAAAGUGAAGCCACGGCCGUUUUCUCUCCUUGAGAGGUCGAACACAGACCUGCUAAAAAAGGUCUGUGAAGUGACAAAGAAGGCUCAAGAAGCCUUGUCAAAGGGUGUCUCUGCUCUGAUUCCCCUGGAUCACUCAGCCAUCACUGAUACUGCCUGCAUGCAGAAAUAUAUGUCCCCUCAUCCCUCGACUGUAUCUUCAACAACAACAUCAGAAGAAAAAAAUAGAACAGAUGAAAGCUCUUUCAAGGCAGAAGAAGAAAAGGAAACUAAGACAGAGUCUGAAAAUAAAGGCCAUCAAGACACAGAGUCCAAACGUUUGUUUAUUCUGGUGAAGGAUCUAUACCUUCAGCUGGAUAUCAUCUACGUCAAGGCUUCUCUCAAGUUACUGCAGCUUAAUGAAGUUACAGAGUCUGACCUGUUGGAUCGCAUCAAGAGGAACAAGGUGUCCAAAGCUCAUUUAAUGAUCCAGAGAGCAUCAGUGGAGCACAGCAGAGGGGGACCAAAUGAAAGCAGCAAAAUCAAAAGCCUGCUAGAGGAAGCCACCAUCCUGAUAGAAAAAGCUGAACUGGAGGAAAGAAAAAUAUACAUGGCCAACGUUAAGAAUCCCGGACGAAAGAAGGACAAAGCAGGACCUGGGGAAAACUCUCCAGCUCCUCCAAUUUUACUGUCACGAACAGACCACUCCUUUACCUUUGCUCCUGCGCCAUAUGACUUAGAAAGACAGGUGAGCUGGUACCACCUUUGUGGGCGUGCAGUCCAGGGGGUUAACCAGAAAGUCCGGCUUGGUGACUGCAGUAUACCAGGAACUGGGAUUUUGGUUCCAGUGGUUUCUGGUGAGUGUUUUCUUAUGGUAAAGGGCCUCCAGUCAAACCAGAAGUAUGUGUUUGCUGUAGCAGCCUAUGACAGCCAGGGAAAGCUACUGGGCGAUGCUAUAGGGGAUACAACAUUACCUAUAAUAGCAUGUAUGCCUGUCCCACUGCUUUGUACAUGGGCUUACUUGGCUCAGGUGGCUUUUCAAACAGAGCAGUAUGCUGUAUCUAAAAAAGCCUGCAGGAAGCUAUCGAGUCAUUACACAGAUCCAGACUGUUUAUCUAAAAGCGAACUAAACAGAUUUUCUUCCACUCGGCUUCAAAAGGAAAUACUGCAAAACUCCUCUCUUCACCUUUGCCAGAUGUUCUUGGCCUCCAUCUUCACUGAAACAGAGAUCAAUGUUCAGCAGGCCUCCCUCCACUGGGCUUCAUUCAGUAACAGUGGGCCAUUUAUCUGGGAACAGGAAGCCAAGAUAGCAGAGUGCGAGAGGAUGCUGUUGGCCAUUGACUUGGCGAUGUAUUUGAAUGAUGGCAGGACUGCUUUACGAGCUGUAGUUACUUGCUACAUGAUUUUGGCUCCUCUCAUCUACUAUCAAAUCUCUUGCGAUCCUGUGGUGCAAGUACUUAGAAAGUGUCUGGUGUUUUUGAAGGAGAAUUCAUCUCUUUUAAAGCAAAGAGGGACCGGAUACACUUCAGAGUCCAUUAUGCACAUGGUUGGCUGUAUCACUUACUACCUGUCAAAGGUUCAGUGUAAUGAUGGGCACAAUCUACUCCAGGAGCUCUUUAAAGCACAUUCUAAACCUAGCACACUUCCUUGGCAAGCUAAUAAAGCAGGGGCUCAAGCUGCAAACGAUGGUCUAAGGAAGAUACGCCACCAGAUCAAAGCACUGCAUGUGAAGAACAAAAAAAGCAUAGUCUCCGAGACAAAGCUUAACAAAGACACUGAUAUUUUAUCGACUACCGUUGAGGAUCCCACCCUACUGUAUGAACUGUUAUCCCGCUGUACACUACAGGAUAGCUACAACAAAGUCAUGAAGCUCACAGGGAAAACUUAUUUCCUUGAGUUUGCUGUACUACUUCUACAGAGGACCUUGGAAGAGGGUAGGGCAGACCUCGUGCUGAUCUGGGGACAAAACAUUCAUGAGGUUCUCUCCAGAAAACACAAGGAAAUGUUGGGACAAACCAAAAACCGUGUAAGGGGAAUCAGCAAUAGCAAAGGAGGAAGUAACUCACCGGCUACAAAGAUAAGAGAUUUGCCUCAGAACAUUUCCACAUAUGAACAUACGCAAAGGAAGCUAAAGACGAAAAUGCCACACAGCCUGCUAAAGAAUCUGAGAACUAACAGGGAGAUACUCAUUGUGGAAAAUUCACUGGCUAUGAUGUCUAAUAAAGUGUAUCGCCACAGAAGGCUGCUUAAGCUGAGGAACUUAACGGCCAAAGAGAGAGCAUGGAGAUCUUUCUCCAACUACUGCAUGGCUAUGGCACAUUUAGCACAGUUCUACCAGGGCCUGGAACUGAUGCAUGGAACACAGCUGGAGCAGAGGUACAGCCAGCUUGGUGCUCAGUGUUUAUCUUUCGCCUACUCCGGUAUCAUCAUGAGGAAGGAUUCUCUGCCGUCUUCUGAAAAUAAACUUGAAUUGAAGAAAAACUCUUGCCUUAGGGAGGAUAUACUGAAAGCAGGAAAACAAACGACACACAAGGAAGCUGUCAGAGACGAUGUGUCUAUUACGAAGGAAAUUAUUGGCGAGAGAGAGGGAUCCUUUAAAAGCCAGGACAAAUCCAUUGAGACAUCCACAAGCAAUUUUGGAUCACUGCUGGAUUCAGUUAAAAAUGCUGCUUUAUAUCUUCGCAGAGCAAUGGUGCUGGCCCACCGUGGAAGCCACUGGACAACUCUGCAGUAUGUGUGUCAGACUCUGUGGGACCAAAACAACACAUUUACCUCUAUGGUACAACAGGUUGCUUUGCAAGAAAAGCAACCACCGGUUUUAGCUGAUCAGCUGCAUGCCAUCUUCACCCCUAUUCUGGUGCUGGCCAUUGAUCUUAUGCUGGACAUGCUGGAUAAACUGCAGAUUUGGCGUUUGUAUGAUCUCGACUCUACUGUUGAAGAACUUGAAUCCUGUCUCCACUUCUCAGCCCCCCUCGAUGACUGCCUCCUGGUGGACUUACGCUGGGUUCGAACCUUGGUGUUCUACACUCUUGAGCAACUUUAUGACUGUGGAAAAUGGGAAACCUUGGCACACUUCGCCUUACUUUACAACUCGUACACACGGGAACGUUACGUCUUGAGCAUAGCUCCUCUUCUGGUCCACUCUCAGAGGAAGCUGCUUGAAAGAAUCGCUUCUUUUGGAGGACCGGCAGUCCCACAACCACACCACGUCAAGACACAGAAGGCCACUGGGGAGAAAAUAACCUACAGAAAUUAUGCAAGUUGCCAGUUGCUCAGUGGAUGGACUCAGUAUGUGUCACAGGAACAGCCCACUGCAAAAAAGGAUGCACUUUCCCUAAAAGCUUCAGAGAUGCAGCGCUCCAUGUCACUGGUCCGCGUUCCUCUGGACGUAGAGGAUACCCUGAGCUGUUAUCGCGAAGCCCUUGAUAAAAGCCUGCACUGUCUUCAAGUCCUCCAGCACAGUCGUUCACUAGUGGUGCAGCUUUUAGCAGGCUCACAACCCUCACAGUUUCCAAAUCAUCAAGACAGAAGUCUCAGCCUUUCACCAAGCCAGGCUACCUUCAGCCCUGCAGUUUUGCUCACUCCGAAUCUGCUACCGCAUGACCUGCAUGAGGAGGACUUUAGCACUCCAAGUGCCAUCUACCGCCAUCCCAUUAGUCUCAAGAGCAUACCAGUUGUUGCUGCUGCAUACUUAAACUCAAUCAAGGACCUCCACGCUAAUGGUCAUGACUCCCUUCAAAUUUUAGCUCUGCAUGAAAUGGGGAACCUACGAUUCUUUGCUGGAAACAUAAGUGCUGCACACUCCUGCUGGAGUAAAGCUGUAGACCGGGCCUUCCAGAGCUCUGGUGUCAUUCAGAAAUGGGACGGGGUUUCCUUUCAGAGCACCUCCUUGCAAGAUGCUGUAAAGCGAGCUGGUAUAUGGGGAUGUUUGCAAGGCGCUGUGCUCACUGCAAAGAUAGCACAGUUUGUUUUAACCUCUGAUAUCGGUGAGCGCACCAAUUGCUGUCUGCUGUCUGCUCAUUUCUUUAAGAGUGUGCUGGAUUGUUCCUUGGCUCACCCUCAAUCUAAUAUUCAGUAUGCCUCCUACACCUUUGGGGAUGAACUGUUUCCUGGCGUCAACCUUUUUUCUGAGCCCCACAGGCUUCAAAUUGACACCACAGUGACAAGUCUUCACUUUCUUUGCUAUUGGCUUUUUACCACAGGCUACUACUUAACGCUUCUACCCAUACUGGCUCUUUACAUCCACUUAGUGGGGCCUGUGUGCAGAGAUGUACAACGCACAGCUGAAGCCAAGAUUCUAAAGGUUCGAGCUCUCACAGAGUUGUGCAUGUUUACUGAAGCCAUCACAGAAGCUGUGCAGCUCUUUCAAGGAGCAGAUCUGAUGCUUCCAUCAGGACUCUACUUUCCCAAAAAAUAUCUACAACCUGUGAGAAAAUUCUGCAGCAACAAAUCUCUUCCUGAUAAUCUGGAGGCCUUGGAAGACCUUAUGAACUGUGACAUCACUUCAGAGGUCUGCAAAUUAUAUGGUCCGACUCUAUGCUCCAGGUUCCAACUGGCUCGUAUUCAGCUGAUCUUAGCUAUCACCAAGUCUGAACCUGGCAGCUCUGUGUCAGGUAGUGAAGAAAGUUGUGAUGACACCAAUAAUAAAGAAGUGGAUAGAGAGUGUGAUGAGCAGGAGAAACGAGAGAGAGAGGGAUCCAGCCCAAAAGCAGAGAUCUUUCUUUGUAAUGAGAAAGAGAAGCUAUCUCCAGAAAGUAUCCAAUGUCUUUUAUUGGAAGGAGCCUCCACCUUGUUGUCCUCUGCUAUGCAGCAGUUCACUUCUCAUCACUGCAGUGAGGCCGAGAACCUGGAGCUGACUUUGGAGUUUAACCUUCUUAAAGCCAACCUCUUCCUGCAGCAAGGAAACUUUGCACUUAGCUCUGAGAUUGCAGUUUCCUCUUUGGUGUUGCUGCAGACAUCUCCAGUCAUUGUGAGACCAUCCCCUCCUGGGAGUGAGCAGGACGCCAAAGACUGCAGUGUGUCAAAGAUCCUGGAUGAAGACAGUCCCAGGGCUGUUGAAGCUCGUGAGAGAACAGGAGCUUUGCUUUGGCUGCGCUGCCGGCUGGCUCUGAUCCACAGCCUGACUGCUAGCCUCCCUAGCAUGGCAACUCUUUUUCCAGGUAAGAACAUUAAUGAAGACCUAGCUGUACUGAUACAGGAGGGAGUGGAUGAAUGUGUUCAAUGGGGAGACCGAGAUAUCCAAGCACAGUUGAUGGUGCAAGCUGCAGAAUUGGAAGCACAGAUAGGAAGGACAGAUGAGAGCAUGGCGACAUUGCAGAAAGCGGUGAAUUUGCUGUUAGAACGAGCCUGUAUGCCACCUUGGUCUGUUCUGACUCUGGCUCAAGCCACUUUGCUGUUCAGUGACCUAAAAAAUAAUAGGAGUUCAACACUUCUCCAGCUGACAAGGAAACUCCUGGAAAAACAGCUUUUCCUUUUGGGUCAAAAUUUAACAUCAAUUGAUGGAAAUAUGAAAUUCUCUCCACCUGGACCAAGAAAUAUCUACCUUCCUUUCCUCAGCAUGCUGAACAGAAUCAAUGGGCAAAUUGGUGGUCCUGUACCUUGAAAGCAACUGUCCAGCCAUCACUAUUCACUCCUAGGAAGAGUUUUCACUGGUCCAACAAAACAGGAACAAAUUCUCAAGCAGUUUCCACUCUGAGCAAUAGCAUCUUAUUAAUAGCAUGAUUUCCACUAGAUUUCUUGUCAAUUGAAGAAGCAGGAAGUAUUUGCUUGGCAGUAGAAGUUAAACAGUAUUUUAUCAUAGCAUUAGUUUAGUACUGAAUUGCCACAAUACAGUUAUAUUUUGAACGUUGUUUCUUGUAUGCUGGAACAUUUAAGAGAAAAUAAAAGCCAUAAUAAAGAAAUUUAAACUGUAACCAUUCUUAUAUGAAGUCUUUACAAUUUUUUGCAAG